AUGGACUUAGAAGCAGGACAUUCGCCCUGGGGCGACGUGCCCUCGAAUGCGACAGCAACUGAUACCCCAGGGUUUGAAGGGAAGACGGAAUCCUCCGAUUCAAAGCCCUCUUCUUCCUCCCUCAGGCCUUCCAGUACCUCCUCGACAGGGAAAUCGCCCGGUGGACGUAACCCGCGAGGCCCACGCCGGCCAGUCACCCAACAAGUCCGUCUACAAGCUCUCGACGACGACCUAGGACCUCUAGGACCCCUUGGAGACAAUGCGCCAAUCCCACAGGCCGAUGAGCCUCCUGCGCCGCCGCAGAAAGAGCAGGUCCUUACACAUAAUGUCAGACAAACGGUGGCUGCGUCGCAGAGCUCCCUGAGCCGGAGCAUGUUGGACUCUGUGGACCUGAACGACGAUGUUGAGCCUGCUAUGGGACCCAGAAUACCACCUCCAGUACAAGCACCACAGCCGACGGCCGUGAGAAGAGAUACCCAGCCAAGCGUUAGCAUUGAGCAGGCCGCGAAGCCGACGUUCGAUAUCACGGUUGGAGAUCCGCACAAGGUUGGGGACUUGACAAGCUCACACAUCGAGUAUCUUGUUCGGACGAAGACCUCUUCUAAAGCCUAUCGCCAACCUGAAUUCGCAGUUACGAGAAGAUACCGAGACUUCCUGUGGCUUUACACAUCACUGCAUGCAAACAAUCCUGGGGUUGUGGUGCCGCCUCCACCUGAGAAGCAGGCUGUGGGCCGAUUUGAUACCAAUUUUGUUGAGUCGCGGAGGGCUGCCUUGGAACGGAUGUUGAAUAAGACGGCUGCGCACCCUACCCUGCAGCAUGAUGCUGAUUUGAAGCUGUUCUUGGAAAGUGAGGCGUUCAAUGUUGAUAUUAAGCACAAGGAGCGAAAAGAGCCUUUGGGGGAGAGCAAGGGGAUGUUCAGUGGUCUAGGACUCUCAGUUGGUGGAGGUGGAAAGUUCGUAGAGCAAGAUGAUUGGUUCCACGAGCGAAGAGUGUAUCUGGAUGCUCUUGAGAAUCAGCUCAAGGCUCUACUGAAAGCUAUGGAUGUGGUGGUAGCCCAGCGGAAAGGACUCUCCGAUGCAGCUGGCGACUUCUCAGCUUCCCUACACGCUCUGUCGACUGUGGAGCUCUCAGCUUCGUUAUCUGGACCUCUAGAAGGUCUUUCGGACUUGCAAAUCCGAGUCAAAGAAUUGUACGAUCGGCAAGCCCAGCAGGACGUCCUCACGCUCGGUAUCACGAUCGACGAGUACAUCCGUCUGAUCGGAAGCAUCAAGCAAGCAUUCGGCUCUCGACAAAAGGCAUACCACUCCUGGCACACUGCCGAACAAGAGAUGCAGAAGCGAAAGUCAACCCAAGAGAAGCUUUUGCGCCAAGGCAAAACCCAACAGGAUCGCCUUACUCAGAUGCAUGCCGAUGUUGCUGAUGCUGAGCGGAAGGUGCACCAAGCGAGGCUUCUGUUUGAGGAUAUGGGCCGCUUGAUGAGGGGAGAGCUGGAGAGGUUUGAGAGAGAAAAGGUUGAAGAUUUCAAGAGUGCUGUGGAGACGUUCCUGGAGGGUGCUGUUGAGGCACAGAAAGAGCUUAUCGAGAUUUGGGAGACGUUCUUAAUGCAAUUGGACGCCGAAGAGGACGACCAGGCGUUUUACAAGCCUCCGGUUGAACCUUCUGCUAGACCCUCGACGGGCGAAGAGCGGCGGUCUGAGGUCGGGGAAGACGAUGAUUAG